AUGAAGUGCAACACCUCCACAAGCUCGCUUCUGGUGGGCAUGCUCAUUGUGGCCUGUGCCCUCAAUGUCUGUGCAGCCUCGUUCAUUACCGCUGAGCCGAACCUCACGGAGUGGGGCGACGGAGACAGCUCUGGUUGCGUGUCUCUCGAGAAGCUGACCCAGUCCGGAGCAAACAUUACCUCCUCGCCUGGAAGCGCUUCGUGGUAUGCUUCGCUCUAUCGCGGGGUUGGUACUGGCUAUGGCUCCAUCGAUGACAAUGGCUACUCCUUCUGUGGCGUGACCGAAGUCGUGGUUGUGGUGACUGAUGCCAAUCUGCUUACGGUGACCUUCCUGCCUUACCCGUCCAGCCCGGCAUGCCCGGUGGCCUACUCUGGUGCCAUGGCCAAGUAUACCAGGAGGCUGGUCCCAUCGUGCUGA